ACAGUGGGCCCGGUUUGUUUUCCGAGGUCAGCUGGGAGAGGCAGGAUGCCCAGGCCUUUUUUUUUCUUUCUGAGAAGUUUUCUAUCCUCGGCUUCCUCUCCCAGAGGCAUCGGGGAGAGACGCGCUCUCCCCUUCCAGACUGUUAGCGUUCGCUCCCGUUCAGGAAGUCGCCGAGCCUCUGAUGUGCUGCCAAAGAGAGAGAGAGAGAGGGCGUUCUGAGGCCAGAGCUGCUUUUUGGACCAUAUCCUCAUCAGAAUCUAAUGCAUGGAAACGAUGAAUGAUCUGCACGCCAAGAGCUGCAGCUUUUAAACUUUUUAAAAAGAUAUAGCACACCUAUGUUGCCGUUUUCAUCCGUUUCCUCCAUAAAGCGUUUUCAGGGUUUUUAGUGCAGAGUGAAUCGUGUUCUUCAGUGUUUUUUUUGUUUUUUUUAACAUGAGGCAGCAGAAGUUCGUGGCUGGAAAAACAAGCUGCGCAUGUUAUUAUGUCAUGUUGUGUGUGUGUGUGUGUGUGUGUGUGUGUGUGUGUGUGUGUGUGUGUGUGUGUCACAUACUUUUUGGUUAUGAGGUGGAUUGCUGUUCGCUGAGGUCACGGUUGGCAUCAUCCCAGGAUUACGUAAGAACGCUUCACUCUCACUCCUCGGUGUCUUGAGCCGUCGACUAACGCUGACGAGCCUCACUUCAGAGGAGUUAAAGUUCUUUAUUUUGUCUUUUUAUGUUUCUUUUAAACUUCUCUUGUCUUUGCCAAUUUUUCAUUUUGUCAUAAUCUGCUCAUGCAUCCUGUUUGUACUCCCCAGUGUGUUUUGAGGACCAGAGAGACUGGGACUGUUAUGACUGGAAUUAUCAGAAUUGCCCUCGCUGUAUUUUCUACGGAGAAUCCCAGAAACAUGGCGUUUUUAUAUUGUCUCAAACGACGGAGACUCAUCUCUCAGCGCUCUUCGCUCGAAACGCUCGAGGACAUUGAGGAGAAUGCUCCUCUCCGCAGAUGCCGGACCCUAUCGGGUUCCCCUCGACCAAAGAGCUUCAAGAAGAUCCACUUCAUAAAGAGCAUGAGGCAACACGAUAUCCGCAACGGAAGGAUAGUCCUUAUCAGUGGCAGAAGAUCCUUCUAUAGUGUAUUUUCUGUCCUGCCCUAUCGAGAUUGUAGCCAAGCAGGGGAGGUCAAGCUGGAAGGAGGAGGUCGUCAGCGGCACCCGUCGGGCAGCGUCAGUGCCAAGGAGAUGGUGAUCGGGCUGGAGGGAGUGGAGUUGGGAGCUGAUGGAAAGACCGUGUCCUACACCCAGUUCCUCUAUCCCACUAACGUGCUGGGCGGUCGAAGGAACACCAUCGACUCCACCUCGUCCUUCUCUCAGUCUCGCAACGCCAGCCACAGGAGCCUCAGCCUGGGCCGGGCCAACAGCAACCAGAGCAGCUUAGACACAGGGAACGAUUUGGGGGACUUCCGCGAGUACGACCCCAAUCUGCUGGAUGACCCCCAGUGGCCUUGUGGGAAGCACAAGAGAGUCCUCAUCUUCCCCUCUUACAUGACGACGGUCAUCGAAUACGUCAAACCCUCUGACCUCAAGAAGGACAUGAACGAGACCUUCAAGGAGAAGUUCCCCCACAUAAGGCUAACGCUGAGCAAGAUCAGGAGCUUGAAGAGGGAGAUAAAGAAGUUGGCCCAGGACGAAUGUGGCUACGAGGAGCCGACGGUGGCCAUGGCUUUCGUCUACUUCGAAAAACUCGUGCUCCACGGCAAACUCCACAAGCAGAACCGCAAACUCUGCGCCGGAGCGUGCGUCCUGCUGGCGGCCAAGAUCGGUGGCGACCUCAAGAAGCACGAGGUCAAGCUCCUGAUAGACAAACUGGAAGAGAGGUUCCGAGUGAACCGCAGAGAGCUGAUAGCCUUCGAGUUCCCGGUCCUGGUGGCGUUGGAGUUCAACCUGCACCUCCCCGAGCACGAGAUCAUGCCCCACUACAGACGCCUCCUGCAGACCUCCUAGCAUUAGUGACCCAUCAGGAGGAAGACACCCCCCCCCCCCCCCCCAAAGGCUCUCCUCCUGAUCCUCUGCUUCCCCCCAGUCCCCAUCCUUCCACCCCCCUCCCCCGAGGUACCGCCCGGCGUCUCUCUCUGAGACCUGAAAUCAGCCAAAGGGACGAACACGUUUGACUUCUACGCUCAUCAUCACUACACGGAAAAGAAAAAAGAAGAGCGUUGAAUCGUCUGCAAACAGGCGGUUUUUCUAGUUUGCAUGUUUUUCAGUCUUCAUCUUCACUUUGUACAUUUUUAUGGCUCUCUUGUUGAUUAAGAGAGCUUCUUUUUUUGUUUGUUUUGAAAUCUGAUGGUGAACUUUUCAUCUCAGUUAAAAAGCAACCAACGAUUGUAACGUUUUUAUCAUCUCUUUUCAUUAAUCUAUCUUUUUAUAACAAAAAAAAAUAAAUUAUUGGUUGCCUCCGAAUCUGGGGCUCGUUUUUUUUUGGCUGGACUUCCUCAGAGUGACUCAUCUUUUCGCAAGUCAUCUUUUAAAAAGUGCACUUUUUGAUUAUUGGGGGGACGGUUUUAAUACGCUAACCCCUGAAAAAUAAGCUGUGUUCAUAAACACCACAAUCAUUACCAUUUGGAUUUUCUCUCUUUAUGGUAUAUUCACAGUUUCUAGCCACAACUAUCCGCAUGCAAAGUAUUGAUUGUUUGCAUUCAGGUGCUUGCAGACAAAAUGGGACUUCCUAUUUUCACUGAAGUAUUCCAUACAUUUUUCUACCAGUCGAAUGCUUGCUAUGGAUUUACAGAGACCAGACCCACUUUUAUCAAUGUCAGAUUUCCUGUGCUCUAUGUUAGAGUGUAUUGCGAGCACGUUUACGGUGCUGUAACGGGGUCAAGGAGGUAUUUUAGAGGUGUUUGUGAGUGCAGAAAUGCCAUAAAACCCUGAUCAGGAUUAGCAGCAGGGUGCGCCAGUAUUGAGGGGAACAUGUCCGGAUUAUGAGCCCGUCACUGCAGGCUUCAGGGACACUUUAUCUGACCUGACCUCUGACCUCUAAGGAGAAGUCAAAUCUAAACGAGAUCCCAACGGAUCCAUGACGGAUCAAAACAUUUGCAUUUAACCUGAAUCGGCAAAAUUUGUCGUUUGAAAAAAAAAAUGUUAAACUGAAAAUUGACGACCAAUGUGACCAAUUUAAAAGAAAUAUAUAUAUAUAAUAAUAAUAAUAAAUUGGCGUGUAUCGCAACUUGAUUUUCUUCUUUUUUAUAAUCUUGAUAUUGUCUCUCACAAUACCACAGAGUAUUGAAAAAAGGUAUUUAAUGCUGUUCCGAGUAUUGCUGAUAUUUUAGUUGACGGGAUCACAACGUUAAAACCAAAUUGUUGAAGAAUAAAAAAAAAAAAA